AUGUCCUACGAUUCCUACCAGCCGGGGCCGCCCGGCACCACAGCAUAUUCUCUGCCUCGGCGCAACGAUAGCUGGAACCGAGAAAGAGAUCGCGAUGCAGACCGCGGUCGUGACCGCAAUCGAGGCAGAGACUCGUGGCGCCCAGACGCGCCCUCGGGCGGCGGUGGCGGUCGACCACCACCUCCACCACCGUACAAUGGCUAUGGGAAUGAGCGCGACUCGUAUCGGCCGCCCCUGCCCCCCCCGCCGCCUCCCUCUUUUGGCCACGACAACUUCCGCCCGCCCCAGAGCGACUUCCAUUUCCGAGUCGAUCGACCGGCCGGAAUCGCGGACGCGCCUGCCUCGUACCGCCCUGGCCCCGGUCGUUCUGGCCCGCGACACAACCACCCCAACAAUCGCCGCGAUGGGCACGCACCCCGCCGUGGCGGUCCCUACCCUCGAUUCAUGGCCUCGAAUCGCCCCAUCCUGUCGGGCACCAACAAGGCAACGACCCAGGACUUCGUUAAGGACGAGGCCGGGGUCACGUAUAUCCCCAUAGACGAGCUCUCGGAUAGCGACGAGGCCGACAUGGAUAUAUCCGACGACGAGCAGGACGACCGAGGCUCUGGCGGGGAGCCGUCCCAGAAGCGGCAGCGCCUCGCUGCAGACACCCCGACGUCAGCUGACGAGGCUCCCAAAUGGUCCAACCCCGAUCCCUACUUUGUCCUACCACCCACCGAUGUCCAGCAGAGGAAAAAGGACGUGGUGCAGCUCAUCAGGAAGGCUCGCGUCCAACCCACCAAGCCCGAUGCAGCAGCGCUAGGUGACGUCGAGCCCGAGGAGUUCAUCUCCUUUGAUCUUGAUGACAGCGGCGAUGACGAGCAGGUGAACGCAAGCUCAAAGUCUUUCCCCCCAGGCGCUCCCACCGCUCCGCGAGGUGCCAACAAACUCAACCACGAGAACAAUCAAAACAAAGCUGCUGCUCCUAGUGCUCAUCUUCCUCCCACCGAUCAUCUGAACCCUUCUCGCAAGCGAACUCACAACGACCAGCUCAAACUUGAAUUGCCCUCGCACGCGAAACUGAAAAAAGUCACCAAAAUGCCUGUCGGGGGUAUCAUUUCUGCAGAAUGGCGCGUAGUCCGAGGCCAGGAUCCGUGCCCAUGGUUCAAAGAUCACUCAGGAACCCCAUUGCUCAGCUCUCGGGAGGUUGUCGACUUCUACGAGCAUGUCAAGCCCCGCGAUUACGAACAGCGCCUGCGAAGUGACCUCGUCGAUAAGCUUAAUAGGCUCGUCCGCCAUCGCUUCCACGAUGCCAAGAUCUAUCCCUUCGGCUCCUUCAUGUCUGGUCUGUACCUGCCCACCGGCGACAUGGAUCUCGUCCUCUGUUCCGAUGCCUUUUUGAAAGGUGGUAGGGCCAAGUAUGAUGCCAAAAGGGAGCUCUUUAGGUUCAGAGAUUUCCUCUUCAACAACAGGCUCGCGUCGGAAGGUGAGGUCGAGGUGAUCUCCAAGGCCCGCGUCCCCAUCGUCAAGUACAUUGACAAGGCCACCGGCCUCAAGGUGGACAUCUCGUUUGAAAAUACCACCGGCGUCAAGGCAAUUCAGACUUUUCUGGACUGGAAGGAGCAGUACCCUGCCAUGCCCAUCCUGGUCACGCUCAUCAAACAGUUCCUCACCAUGCGCGCCCUGAACGAGCCGGUCAAUGGCGGCAUUGGCGGCUUUUCCAUCAUCUGCCUCGUUGUCAGCAUGUUCCAGCUCAUGCCGCAGGUCCAAAGCCGCGAUAUGAUCCCGGAACAUCACCUCGGCGACAUGCUGAUGCAUUUCUUUGACCUCUACGGCAAAAAGUUCAACUAUGUCACCACUGCCAUUCGCCUCAACCCUCCGGGUUACGUCCCCAAGAGCAUGGUCAACAGCUUCAUCUACAAGAACCCGGAUCGCCUGUCCAUUAUUGACCCAAACAACCCGGCGAAUGACAUUUCUGGUGGUUCCAGCAACAUCGCUGCCAUCUCACGCGUCUUUUCCGAGGCAUACGACAUGCUUCAAGAGCAAAUGGCCCUGGCAGCUAAGCAUCCUGACAGACCCGGCACGAGCCUGCUCAAGGUUGUCCUUGAGGGUAACUACGAGAGCUUCCGGCUACAGCGAGACUAUCUCAGACGAAUUUCUACCACCUGGAAAACAAUAUCUGCCAUGGUUGCCAUGGCCGAUUUGUUUCCCCGUGCUCUCUACGGCGCCGAGUUGCAGGGUGUGCAGCCCUGUGGCUUUGCAACCGGGAGUAAACUCACCACCGGCAAUGACCUUGCUCAGCGCCGCCUUUUCUUCUCACUGCGUGCUGAGCUUGAUGCUUGGCUGUGGAGAGGAGUCACUCAAGAAGGUCAGAGUCUUUGCUAUGAGGACUGGGCUUGA